AUGCAAGUUACUCCACCUAGAAGUUAUGAAGGUGAGGAGGCUGUUGUGGGUGGAGAGGCUGAGGAGGGUGGUAAUGUUCAAGAUGAUGAGGUUAUUCCUAAUUUCCAAGUUGAUGACAAUGUUCAAAUUAAGGAGGUUAUUCUUAUUGUACAGGUUCAGCAGGGAAGGGUUAGACCAAUUUCAGAGAUUUUGAAUAGGAUAAGGAGAAGAAAGUCAGAGAGAAUCUUGAAGCUGAAAUUAGGCAAGAGAAUUGAUGGUGUUGAUGAUCCAGGAAAUUCUAAGGGAAAAACUCUUCUAACUGAUUAG